ACAACAACAACAACCAAACACCUUCCAACACUGAAAAAGACAAUACAACUAAUACUUUUAAUAUGAAAAUAGAUAACGUUACUUUCUUGACUUCUAACUUUACUGAAAAAGUACAAAAUGUUUCUCUUUAA